CCUAAUCAACCCGGAGCCUCGUGGAGGCCUAGGCAGGUACCGUGGGCCCGCGGCAGCUGAAUGCUUUUGCUCCGCUCCUCGGGUUUGUUCCGUCCCGGCGGAGGCCUUCGUGGUGCCAGCAGCAGGCGAGGCAGGGGAAUUUGGGGCCGGUCUUUAGGGUGGAGGGGAACCUGGGCCAUUUAUUGAGAGAGCGUCACUGCCGUCCCGGGAGGGUGCGGGCGCGUGCAGUGAGGACCUGGCUCACCUGAGGAUGCUCUGACAGCGUGGUGGGUGUGCGGAACUCCCACCUCACCCACUCCUGACUGAAGACUUGGUUUAGGGACGUCUGACAGGUGCAGCUGCCUUAAUUGUGGUAUCAGUUAUUAGAACAUGGGGCUCACCAAGCAGUACCUACGCUAUGUUGCCAGUGCAGUUUUUGGCCUUAUUGGCAGCCAAAAAGGUAAUAUUGUCUUUGUGACACUUCGUGGUGAAAAAGGACGCUAUGUGGCAGUACCAGCCUGUGAACAUGUUUUCAUCUGGGACUUAAGGAAAGGAGAGAAGAUCCUCAUCCUUCAGGGGCUUAAACACGAAGUCACUUGCUUGUGCCCCUCCCCAGAUGGACUGCACUUAGCUGUUGGUUAUGAGGAUGGGUCUAUCCGAAUCUUCAGUCUCCUGAGUGGGGAAGGAAAUGUGACCUUCAAUGGACACAAAGCAGCCAUCACUUCCUUGAAGUAUGAUCAGCUAGGAGGCAGGCUGGCAUCUGGGUCCAAGGACACAGAUGUUAUUGUGUGGGAUGUGAUCAAUGAAAGUGGCCUCUACCGUCUAAAGGGGCACAAGGACGCCAUCACACAGGCCUUGUUUCUCCGAGACAAGAAUCUGCUAGUUACUAGUGGGAAAGAUACCAUGGUGAAAUGGUGGGACCUUGAUACCCAGCACUGCUUCAAAACAAUGGUUGGCCACCGAACUGAGGUGUGGGGGUUGGUCCUGGUGUCGGAAGAAAAGCGACUCAUCACCGGGGCUUCCGACAGUGAACUGAGGGCUUGGGACAUAGCUUAUCUGCAAGAGAUUGAAGACCCAGAAGAACCAGAGCCCAAGAAAAUCAAAGGGUCUUCCCCUGGAGUACAGGACACACAUGAAGCAGAGGAUGGUACCCUUGAGAUGGAUGAAGCUCCUGAGGAUCGCAUCCUUACGUGCAGGAAAGCCGGUUCCAUAAUGCGGGAAGGAAGGGACAGAGUUGUGAACCUUGCAGUUGACAGGACAGGCAGGAUUCUUGCUUGCCAUGGAACUGAUUCUGUGCUAGAAGUAUUUCGUAUCCUUUCCAAGGAGGAAAUUCAGAAGAAAAUGGACAAGAAGAUGAAGAAAGCUAAAAAGAAAGCCAAAUUAAAUUCUUGCAGGGAGGAGGAGGAAGACCUUGAAGUCAGUGUUGAAAUGAUCCUGCAAGAUGAAAUCCAAAGGGUGACUAAUAUCAAAACUGCUGCCAAAAUCAAAUCCUUUGACUUGAUCCAUACUCCUCAAGGAGAGUUAAAGGCUGUCUUCCUGCUGCAGAACAACUUGGUGGAAUUAUAUUCACUGCAUCCAUCCCUGCCAGCUCCUCAGCCCGCCAGGACAAACAGAAUUACCCUCGGGGGUCAUCGCAGCGAUGUGCGGACUUUGUCAUUCAGCUCAGACAAUAUCGCUGUCCUUUCAGCUGCAGCUGAUUCCAUUAAGAUAUGGAACAGGUCUACACUGCAAUGUAUUCGCACGAUGACCUGCGAAUACGCACUUUGCUCAUUCUUUGUGCCUGGCGAUCGGCAGGUGGUCAUAGGAACAAAGACGGGAAAGCUGCAGCUUUAUGACUUGGCCUCAGGAAAUCUGCUGGAGACAAUAGAUGCACACGAUGGAGCUUUAUGGUCCUUGUCUCUCUCUCCAGAUCAGCGUGGCUUUGUGACAGGUGGUGCAGAUAAAUCUGUCAAGUUCUGGGAUUUUGAGUUGGUGAAAGAUGAAAACGGUACCCAGAAGAGGCUUUCUGUGAAACAAACGCGAACCUUGCAACUCGAUGAAGAAGUUCUGUGUGUCAGUUACUCUCCUAAUCAGAAGCUGUUGGCUGUGUCUUUGCUGGACUGUACUGUGAAAAUUUUCUAUGUUGAUACUUUAAAGUUUUUUCUCUCACUGUAUGGACACAAACUGCCUGUCAUAUGCAUGGAUAUCUCUUAUGAUGGAGUACUGAUAGCUACUGGCUCUGCUGACAGGAAUGUGAAAAUCUGGGGUCUGGACUUUGGGGACUGCCACAAGUCUCUGUUUGCACAUGAUGACAGUGUGAUGUACCUAAAGUUUGUACCCAAGUCUCAUCUCUUCUUCACUGCUGGGAAAGACCAUAAGAUUAAGCAGUGGGAUGCAGACAAAUUUGAACACAUACAAACUCUGGAGGGGCACCACCAGGAAAUAUGGUGCUUGGCCGUAAGCCCCAGUGGAGACUAUGUUGUAUCAUCAUCCCAUGACAAAUCUCUGAGACUCUGGGAGAGAACGAGGGAGCCUCUUAUUCUUGAGGAAGAAAGGGAGAUGCAAAGGGAAGCAGAAUAUGAGGAGAGUGUGGCCAAAGAAGACCAACCAGCAGUUCCUGGAGAGACUCAAGGUGACAAUUACUUUACUGGAAAGAAAACUAUUGAAACUGUCAAAGCAGCUGAGAGGAUCAUGGAGGCUGUUGAACUAUACCGAGGAGAAACUGCAAAAAUGAGAGAACACAAAGCCAUUUGUAAAGCUGCAGGGAAGGAGGUUCCUCUUCCCAUCAACCCCAUCCUGAUGGCUUAUGGCAGUAUCUCUCCUUCAGCUUAUGUGUUGGAGGUUUUUAAAGGAAUCAAGUCAAGUGAGCUGGAAGAAUCUCUACUUGUGCUGCCUUUCUCCUAUGUCCCAGACAUUCUUAAGCUCUUUAAUGAGUUCAUCCAGCUGGGCUCUGAUGUUGAACUUGUAUGUAGGUGCCUCUUCUUUCUCCUCAGGAUUCACUUCGGCCAGAUCACUAGCAACCAGAUGCUUGUGCCAGUGAUUGAAAAAUUAAAGGAAACAACUAUUUCAAAAGUCAGCCAAGUCCGGGAUGUCAUUGGCUUCAACAUGGCAGGUCUUGAUUAUCUCAAGAGAGAAUGCGAGGCAAAAAGCGAAGUUAUGUUUUUUGCUGAUGCUACCAGCCAUUUGGAAGAAAAGAAGAGGAAGAGGAAAAAGAGGGAGAAGAUGAUUUUAACAUUGACUUAGAACUGAAAUGUGGUACCAUUUUCAACUUUUUCUUGAAAAGGACUUCCAAACUAAGCAGCAGUAGAGUUGGUGUAAUCUUUGCAAUAAAUAAGAGGUUAUCAUGUUGCAGAAGAUCAUAGAAUGUGUUUCCCAACUUUGCCAGAGGGAAUUCGAGCAUAGGAGUAUGGGCUCCAUUUCUUGGACUGAAACACUGACUAGUUGAAAAUCUGUGCUCUGAAUGGUGAGCCCUGCAGGACUUGUUCCCUUUAUAUUCUAGCAGGAAGCAAAGAACUUUUUAAAAUUAUUUGUUUCACUAGAGUUGAAAUUAGCAUUCCAAAAAUUUUCCUUAUUUCUUUUAUGUCAGAAGAUUUGUUGUGUAAUUUGUUACCUCUCUGUAUUAGGUUUUACCACCUACUGAGACUAUGAGGUAUGUAACUGAUUGCCCUCUGCCCAUAAAUGCAGAGUCCUGGACUUACAGAGCUGAAAGGGACCAUAAAAGUUACCUAGAACAGCCGCCUUAAACGUAACCUCUUGCAGGUUGUUUUAUCUGUAUAUUAAAAGAUCCUAAUUGCUGUUUAUACUUCCCUAA